CCCCAGGGAUGAGAGCAUGGGAGCAGAAGUUGUUCAGGAUCCUUUCCAGAUCCCCAAAGAAAGGCAGAACAACAAAGUGUGAAAUUAAGUGUUGGAUUUAUUAAGAUUCAAUGGGAAGAGGUCUAGUGCCAGAAAAUACAUUACAGCUUCAUUCUGGUGCUGGGAACCCCAUCUUUCUUCAGCAUCAGACACAACCAGUAGAUUUACCCAAAUCACACUGUGCAGAACAUUUCCAUAGAGAGCUCCAUCUUCUCCAUCUAUGAAGGAACUCUGUUUCUGACAUUAUACCCUCUGGCACACAGAGCACAGCUGGGUAUGGUGCACUCCAGCUGAUUCCAUUACUGAAGUUCCUCAGGGAUAAGGGAAGAGCUUCUCCUUUGCUAAAUGCAAUGCCCAACAGAGACUUGUCAAGCCAAGGACUCAGGGAGCAACACAUCAGUUGUAUUCCAUUCACAGCAAUCACAGCCAUCCUCAGAAGGCAGAAGAAAGAGGAUCCAGGGAACAACAUGCCAACUUUAUUCCCUUUGCUCCUUCCUACAGUGUUUCAGAGGAAAUAUCUCGAUAUUAGUAUGUCAUACAUACUAAGGACAAGACAGUGAUUAGCAGCAGCCAGCCUGGUUACACACAGAGCAAAGCAUGCCUGAGCAACCUCAAUCCAUCCUGUACGAGACUGAAAAAUGGAGGGCAGUGAAUGUUACGUGCUUAGAUUUUGGUGAGAGAAUUUUGACUGCCUUUUUGUAGUCCCCUCACAACCAAAAGGUGAGUUAUGGCAAGGGUAAGUGUACAAUAAUGCGGGUGGAAAACUAGAUGAUCUGCUGGGCUCAGGCUGUGCUAACUGCUAUUCAUAGUAGAGCUGGGGACAGGAAUCUAUAAAGGGGUCCCUCGGGGAUCAGUGCUGCACCAGCAGUGUUUAACUUCCCAUGAAUGCUCUCCAUGACUAAACAAAGUGCACUAUAAGCAUGUGGGGGGGGGGGACCCAUGAAUGGGAAGAGCUGUCAGGACCUCAUGAAACAGGCUGAGAGAAAAGGGGAGCCAAUCAGGAAUCCUACAGAAACAGACACCAAAGGAGUACAUGGCAAUGAUGGGAAGAAAUAAAUGUCACCAUUCACACUAGCUGAUGAGGAAUCAAGAAAACACCACUUGCAUGAAGGCAAACCUGGACGUGGAAAGUGAUGCAGUUGUGAAUCAGGACACGGACAGGGGUUGGUGUGAGACAGACCUAUACUAUCUCAUACUGGGAUAUGUGUGAACAUACGAGGAGUGACAGAGCCGAGUGCAGUGGGCCAUUCAUAUCUGCUUGAUCAAUGUGAUCAAUCCCCGCAGAGAUUCUUGUACUCUUAUGAAUCUUUUCUUAAUUCUGCACCAUCUCUCUCUGUCCUGUGUGCACUGGAUGGACAAAUAUCCAGUUACUGGAGAGUGGCAUGAGUAGAUUUAAUGCCAGCUGCUGGAAGCACCACGCUUUGAAGAUGUCUUUGGCAUGUGCUGUGUGCUGCUACAAGAAGAGAGGUCCAUGAUCGUCUAACAAAACAGGGGUGGUUCUUGAGCCACAACCAAAUGCAGCAGGGGCAGGUUUUAUCCCCAUAACCACCCAGCUGUACUGCCGAGAGAGAGAGAUGUGGCAUUCAGCACAAGCAGUGGCUGUGAGCAGAGCCCAGGUGCAGCAGGAGCCUUCGGUAGAGACCAGCGAGGGCAUCGGCAUCAACAUCACCUGCUCACAUCCCAAAACACAGUUCAGCGAAGUCAUUCAGUGGUACCGUCAGCUCCCGGGCCGAGGCCCCGCAUUCCUCGUCAGCGCCGUUAAAGGCUCCAAGGAGGUGCCGGACCCGGAGGGGCAGCUGUGGGUGUCGGCAGACCGCCGCUCCAGCGUUCUGCGGCUCUCCCGGCCCCGGCUCGGGGACGCGGCGCUGUAUCACUGCGCCUUGGGCGCACGGGAAGCGAAGCCGGGGCUGCGGCCGGGCACGAACCGCUUGGGGCGGGCCGGGGGCGCAGUGCCGUCCGGGCCCGCAGGGGGCGCUGCCGCUCCCCCCUCCCGGCGCCGCCGAGCUGGCAGUGCUGACAUGGAACGCGUCCCUCGCACCGCUCGGCAUCCUCCGGAGAAAGGCGUUCCAGCUGCACACUUUCAUGAGUGCUGGUGUCACAGCCAUCUGCAUGUGAUCUCCUCAGUGGCUCUGUUUUGAGAGUAUGAGACUGUGUGACAAGAUUCAGGGCCUCUGGCAGUGAGGUGUGAAUUCAGCUGAGGCCACUGUAAGGUGUGUUCACAGGGAGGGCUACAGGCUCGUGAAGGCUGUGGAUCAAGUCUCUUAUCAGCUUAAAGGGAAUUACAAGUAAAAUGAAACUGAUAAACAAAGCACAGGAUGACCCCGAUCUCUAACCAAAUAGGAUGACAAUUGGUGAAACUAUACCUCUUCAGCUAUAGAUGAUCAGCUUCAGCUUCAGCUAUGGGGAACUCCAUGUGUUAGAUUUGAAUUAGAUGAGGUUGAGCUCUGUAAGUGACAAGAGACAAGAUGAAAAUGAAAAUUAGGAUUGCUCUAGAGGGACUUGUGGGGCUAUGCAAACAUUUUAAAGAGUGGCUAGGGAAUGGUGAGAGAGGAGAGGGGAGGAAUAAGGGGAUGCACUGUAGGGAAAAAGGACAAAAGUUCCAGUCAGUACAUCUGCAUAUAUGGAUGAGCCCUGUGCCUGAUCAAUGCAGUCCAUCCUGUCUCCUUAUUAAAUCCUGACUUGUCUGUGCAACACUGAAACUGGGCUCUCUUUCUCAUGUGGGAGCCAUGAGAAAGCCAGAGAGGAGGAACAGGGCUUGGCUCGGAGCUUCGGGCUUAUAAGAGAACUGGCGUUGUUACCUGUGGGUGUUGCUAUGGCAAUGAGUGCCCUGCCUGUGCAGCCAGCCGAGUCAUUUCCGGCAGCUCUGUCGUCUUGGGGCUGGGAGGUGGUUUUCUGCCUCUUGCUCACUCACAAACAGGAGGCUCGGUCUCAGCAUGCUUCAGUAAGAAGUAAAAACUUCCUUCCCUAAGUUCCAUGUAGAAAUCUCAGGGUUGGGAGGAGCAGAGAAGAUGAUGCAUGGUUUUCUAGUAGUAAUUCUUCCACAUGAAUGCUUUCCACAUGAUGAAAUCCUCACAUUAUCAUGUGCAGUCCAGGGCUGCCCUUCAAUCCUAGCAACUUGAGAUCACUAUUAAAAGGAUCUCAUGGAGGCUGGGACUGGGAUGCAGGUAACAUUAGUGACACUGAAGAGGGAAAUGAGUUUUCUUCCACACAGCCAUGUUGUGUGGGCAGCACCAGAGCUGCCAAAAAUCUGUGCACAUCCCCCCUGGUCAAGAUUUAAAAAUGCAAUCUUUGUGUUGGUCCCAUAGAACUCAGGUUGGCUAUGGGGAAAUUAUACACCCAAAAGAAGGGAAUACAAGGAAAAGAGAGAAAAGGGUAGAAAAUGGGGAAUUGAGCAUGGUGGGCACCUUCUGCCAUCAUAGUGUCUGGAAAUUCGGAAGAGAUCAAAGCACCCAGAAGUGAUGGAGACUGCAUCACAGCUGAGGAUGCUGUCAAUUGCUGCAGAGGUAGAGGUUCCCACAGAGGUGUUCUGUAGGUAUGCACUGACGUUGAGGCCAAGCAGGGCUGCAAUCAUGGGGAGAGAUUUAAUGAUGACAGUAUGGUUUUUACUGUGCCUGACACAGGGCUGCUUUCAGGUGAUGGCUGGUGAGGUCGUACCAUUGGAUGGGCAUGGCACCCACUGUUCGUAGCAGGGCAUGUCUCAGAGAGGUAAGAGGGUUUCUUGACUUGAUCCAGAGAGGAGAGGACACUUUUGUUGUUAGUAUGAUGGCCCUGCACUGCUCUAGACCUGGGAGUGCUAUAGACAAAAGAGACCAUGCUCUGUAGUCCAUGUAAUGAAUGGAAAACAUCCCAGCUAAUGAUACGGGCUGUGUGGCUGUUUCCACUUACGCUGCCUUUUCAUUUUCUGGACUCUGUUACACCCAUUCCCUCACAGAAGCUUCUUCUGAGUAUUAGGAUUGAGAGGACCGAGGAUUUCUGAGCCAAGUAUGAGUCAGAAGAGAAAAAGUUAGGAACAAGAAAAAUUCUAUA